AUGCGGGCGGCCGGUGAACAGGCCUCUGGCGAGCUGGCUACGGUGAUGUCUUUCGAGGUGCUCCACUCGAGCCUGCCCCUGCCCAUCCACACGGUGCGGCGCGAGCCCUCUGGCGACGUCCACCGCGUGCUGCUCGGCGUGGCGGACUACCGACUGGCCAGUCCGCUGCCCGCGGGCACGGCCCUGCUUGACUUCAUGGUGGCGCUCCGCAGGCUGCACGUCGUGGCGGGCACGGAGGCGUACCACGGCAUGCUCGCGGACCUGGACCGGCGCCUGGGCGGCCAGUCGCAGCCCGCCGAAGAGGCGGCGCAAGCCCAGGAACAGGCGCCCGAUCCGGCGGAGGGGUCGGAGGCCGCGGACGCGGCGGCGGUCGCCGCGGAGGCGACCGGGCCGAGCGAGGCUGUUUGCCAGGCCCUCGAGCAGGUGGUGGCCGCGGCCGCCAGCCUCCCGGAGGAGGCGCUGGCUGCGCUCGGGGAGGACGGUCGCGCCCUGCUUCUCGCUGCAAAGGCAUCUGGCGACGACGACGACGUCCACGACGACGACGAUGACG